GACUGGCACCUACGACUUGCAGCUAGACGAGAAGUGUUGCAAAGCAUGCGGAGAGGAUAGUCGCUGCCAGUACUGGUUCCGGGGUCUUGGCACCGGAAGCGUAACAUGCACCCUGGGACACUCUGCCAGCUUGCGUAAACGCCGCCACGGGACGGUCCGUGGAGGUUACAGGGUCUGCAGCGUCAAAGAUGGGAGUGGAGCAAGCUCAGCGUACCCAUGCGCUUGUGGAGGGACGACCUGCUGGAGAGGUCAAAAGUGUUCUGCCGACGUCAGCCAUUGUGCAGGGCCAUACUUGACCUUAAACGCCUAUACUUGGAAUGUGGCGACACCUUGUAGAUUACCUGAUCGCCCCAUAAGCAGCAGGGCGGAGUGUGAGUCUGCAAGGGCCACUUUGAACAUCGGUACUCGCGUUUGGGACCCGCUUGUUUCAGGUGGUGGUCCUCAAGGCUGUUAUCAAGAAGUGUCAGGAACAAACGUAUAUGGGGACCGUCUACCCCCUCAAAGUCUUCGCUGGAACGGGGGAGCUAGCGGGUUCUGGCUUUAUAGUCAUUUUCAUGUCUGUGCAACUGCCGACCUCAUCAAUUCGUUGACAGGAGUCGGAUCUGCAAGUUCCAAUUACUACCUUCCCCCAGGAGGCAAUAUUGUCAGUAGUGGGCUUCUGUUUGCGGGUGCAGCUUUUCUGCCGCUAGUUCCAGACAAAAACCCGCGGUGGCCGGGAACGUGCAUCAAGACCUAUGUGGAGGAGGGUCCAUGGUACAAGGUGGACUUCCAGGGUACAGUGUAUCAGUUUGCCAGCGUGGCGCUGCUCAGUGCAGUCGGUGAUGGCACAGAGGAUGGCUUGCAAGACAUCGACAUCCUCGUCGGCAAUGCAGGGAGCAGUAGCUUCGCCCGUUGUGCAAGCAACAAGCGCGUCAAUGGUCGAGGAGUCUGGGAGACCUUUGACUGCCACGCGACGGGGUCCAUCAUCCAGAUUCAACAGUUAGGCACGAGAGCCUUGACGCUGUGCGGCUUCCAGGCAUUCGGUGUGCCGAUCACAUCGCUUGCAGAGGCUGUGCCUUCUGGGCUACGACUUGACAGUGAUUUGAUACUGGCAGCCAAUGUUUCAGAAGCAACAGCACCCGAAGCCCCUGUUGCAGCACCGAGUCAGACUGUCGACAGCGUCGUGAUCAGUGGCCACUGUGAAGCAAGCGCGAAUGGCGUCUAUGCGAGCACAGGCACCACGUCUAGUGGCAUGCCGUUCUACAGCGAUGAGGAUGGAUACUUCCUCUAUUUUGACCCUGAUUGCGAUGGACUCGGCACACAACCCAAGUGGAUGAUUGGCACGACCCCACCAAACACCACGAGAUCAUCAGAUCUUGAUGACGACGGGUCGUGUGACUUCGUCGCCGCAAUUGCUUCCGAAACCUCGCACCCUGCUGGGCCACCCACGGGAGAUUCGUCUUGGAAGAUGCUUUGUGAUGAGAGCUUCGAUGAGAAAAGCAUGUCGCUCGAAAUUGGCGAUGCUCAGUUCUGGCAGAAUAGUGUCGGCUUGUCUUGUGCAAAUUAUGUUUCCCGCGGAUGGUGCAGCAACGGCGGCUUCACCGCUGGCUUCGAGUGGACCGGCAAAGAGCAGUAUCUGGACCGGUCGACCGUCCCACAAGAAUGCCAAGACAGCAUCUCUUUCCAGCAAAGCGGUAACUGUGCGGAGUUUUACAACUACCCGGGCAGAAACUGUGUUGCCUGUGGGAAGGGUGUGACGGCCGCGAAUUGCAGCAUCAUUGACGGGAGCACUUCCAGCUCAAGCUACCCAUGCCAGUGUGGAAAUUCCACAUGCGCAAGUGGCCAAGUUUGCCUGUCCAGUUCGAGCUCUUGCCAGGAUGGUCCGUCCGGGCCAGCCCUCGUCUCGGGAGUUGUCUCGAUGGUCUUGGCGAACUGUACGAACUUCACCGCUGAGCCAAACGCGUCCCACGCCAUUGCCGAGGGUCUGGGAGAGCACUUUCGACUUCCGGUUGCAUGGAUCGGCGUUCAACUGAGUUGCGGCGUGGUCCUUUUGCAGGGUGAGGUGAGGAAGGAAGGGCGGGAGGACACAUUGCAGGCAGAAUUCCUGAUCAGCAUUCCGCAAGCCAACCUCUCCGUCUAUGAUCCCACCCCCAUCGCCAACAACGUCGAAAAUGUGGACAGCGCAGCUCUGGCGAUGGCGAUCACCACGUCCAUUGCAGGCAAUCAGAUUUUCAGCGAGACGGUUGAGGUGACCAGCACGUCGGCAGAGGAGGUUCCUGAACCCGUGCCGGAGCCCACCCCCCAAGAGCCCAGAGUAUCCUGCAAGACCUUGUACUUGAAGUGCUGGAGUUGGAUGCUGCGACGUGAAGCUGCAUGCAGGGACUUCAAUCUAUACUGCAAGGGCAACAGGGCAGGGAAGGGCUACUACUCGUAUUCCUACACCAGGUGA